AUGUAUCGAGAGAGAGAGAGAGAGAGAGAGAGAGAGAGAACUCUCUGCAAUGAUGAUAGCAGUAUCGUCAAGAUAUUCCAUGGCUGUAUCAUCGCAUAUAUGCGAUGCCAUCAUUCUCUGCUGUCUGCUGUAUGUGGCUGCAGCAAGGAGCAGUAUUUCAUGUUGAGGCAGCGAGUGGAGGAGAGUAAACAACGCAUCACGCUAAUGGAGAGCGAGUUUCUUCAGAGCACCCUCUACACUGAGAAUGAACUGGACGAGUGCAGAGAAGAGCUGCGCCUAGCUCAGCAAAGAUACAAUGCUUUGGAGAAGAGCCACCAAGAAUUGCAUGAGAUAAACAGCGAUCUCGAAGAACGGAUUCUUGACAUUGCGGCAGCGUACGAGAAGGAGAAGCAAGCACUGAAUCGAGAGGUUCUGACGCUGAGCCAGAGACUCCUGGACACCAAGUUUGAGAUCAACAAGCAAGAAGAGAGAAAUGCACGCUACAAGAAGGAUUGUCAGCUUGCUGUUGAGCUUCUCCAAUGCACCCCCUCUGGAGCGUAUAUGCAACACAAAGUCAGCCAGCUUCCACACGAUCUCCAAUAUUACGUUCAUCAACUCAUGGGUGAAAUGAACUCCUUCCGUGGACCCAGCGGCACUUCCAGCAAUCAACGUAUCAACAUCACCUCUCACUCAUCCGUACAAAACAAGGGACCCGACAAUAGCCAACCCCUUCUGGGUUCGGACACGUCCAACGGCCACUUGUCCGGCAGGGUGUACGACUCAGUCCCCGCUAACAUCAUCGCAAGAGCCAUGCAACUCAGAGACGAAGAAGAGCGCAAGGAAGUCGAGAAGUUGGUCCCAACGCUACGCAGCCGCAGUAAACACGAAGUCGCCGUCAUUCUACACGAUAAGGGCACGCAGACCAUCGCGACAAGUACAGGGGACCAGUCGGAGCCGCUGUGCAUCAGGUGCGGCGCCGACUUGAAUCGUUCGCCCGUCGAGCCCGAACCAUUGUUAAUCAAACCCGAACCCUUACUACCUAUACUACCCAUACCGGAACCAGAACCCAAAAUGUUCAACUUACUAGAUCUUUCGGAGCCUCUCCAGGCUAAACCUCAACCCACGAAAACAAACGAGAACCUGUUGCUGGAUUUACUGGAUACCGCGGUGCCGGAAGAAACCUCCACUGAACUCAACAUCAAGCGUUCUCUAGAGAACCUCUCGUUGGCUGACUUGCUUCUCGAUAUACCAAACUCGGAGACGAUGGUCAAACCACUAGGCGCCGCUUCGAUCGAACGUGAAGAGACUCCUUCGACGGCCGAUAUCCUGUCGCUAGUCUCUCCAUUGGAUUCAUGCUCCCCUAUGCAGGAUGAUAUGUCAGAUAGCAGCAGCGCUAGUAAAGAGAGUAAUACCGGCACACCUAGUAGUGUAGGAUCUUCCCUGACUGAAGCCGACGCAGCCCUAGCUACUCCCAAGCCACCGGCCGUCAAAGCCACUGGCCCUGCAAGACGAGUCCAGAGUGGUCCAACACAACCCCAGCACCAGCAGAAUCAGAAGUACAACAGCCACAGCAUCCUGUCGGAGAGUUCACCCACAACCGAUGCCGAGUUCAAGAAAGUAGGCAAAGCCGCCGUCAUCAAAUCUCAGCAGCGAAACCAGCGGACUGGCCUGACCAACGGCAAUGCCAGAACGCCCACUGAAGAAGGGAAGAUCAUACCCAAUAUACUCACAGAUCACACCAACGGUACCAUGCAAAAAGCUCAUCCCUUUCCGAAUCAGAAUCAGAUUCAAGCUUCACUUCCAGAUAACCCAAGCAUGGAUGAGAAGAAGGAACGAGUCUCUAUGUACGUCAACGAGACUAACGCCGAGAACUUGAAAAAGAAGACGCCCCCCAAGCCAAGGCUCGUGGGAAGCGCGUCAAAACCCAUUGGCCAAGUCACCGGAUCCCAACAGCCGAGGACCACUGCGCCUAAACCCAACCCCAAUGCGACUCCAAACUCCAACUCAAAUUCCAACUCCAACAACGCUGAUCCAGCUAAUAAAAAUCGUAAUGCUCACUUCUUGCAGACCAGCGUCUGAUACUCCUCACCAACAAAGCUUACCAAUCGUACUUUCAGAUCAUUUCUACUUCCAAAUGAGCUUUCAAAAUCUUCGUUUUUUGAUGUGACCUCAAUGGUAUGCUCAAACCUAGCUUGAAUAUUUGUGUGUAAUCAAUGUUUAUAGAACAGAUCUCUGUAGGACGUAAAAUAUGAAUAAUACAAAACAAAAUGGUCAUUUGUGUGUAGUUGAGCACUCCAACAGCUUCAAACAGCUCUGGUCUGUGCUUAGCAGAAGUAGAGUACUAGUUAAUAGCAGACUAGAGUACUGUCUGGUUGAGGUCAUUGAUCAUAGACUUAUACUAAAAACAGAAUGUGUCUAAUAGUCGAGUGUUAUAUUGUGUCCAACGACGGAGUUUUUUUUUGGAGUGAUUCCAUUAAGCACGUUUUUUUAAGUCACGUGUGAACAAGUUUUUAUAAUUCCCCAGUAAAGUGGGUUUUCCAAAAUUGGAGGCCAGUGAUUGAAGCAUAAAACUUCUCCAUUCUGUUGAUUUAUUACAAACUUGUCUGUUUUUCGGCUGUUGAGAAGUAGCUUUGUGGUCUUGGAAUUUGCGACCAAAGCUGAACUGUAUGUUGAUUUACUUUUUACCUAUUUUUUUAUCACUUUUUUUUAAAAAGAUAAGUUUAUCAAGAGUUAUUGAUUUCAGGGUGUUCCGGCGAGUGCUCAGAAAAAAAAAAGCAAACAAAACAGUUCUCUUAUGAGAUGGAAACAUUCCAGGUGUUGUUCGUUUUAGGAACGAGGCGUGAGAAUGCUGGUUCGAUGUGGCUGAAAAAAAUAAUUGAUAUUUUUAAAACUAUUUUAAUUUUCUUCUUAAAAAUGCAUAAAGCUCUACUGAGUUUUUUUAAGUUACAAGAAUAUCCUAUGAAAGGAUUUUGUGAAAGUACUAUUUUAAACUUAAUUGUGUUUUUAACGGAAAGCUUCAUAAAUUCAAAUAGAUGCUGUAGAAGUGAAGGUUAUUCUAGGUAGGGGAGGGG